AUGUCCAACAUUACGGAUGCGUCGGAACCGCUCACCCAAGAACAAUACGAUAAACUGAGGUCAGGAUGUCAAAGUCUGAUAGAAGGGAUCGAUACUUCCUACGGCUACGUCCCGACCCUGGGUGCUGGAAUUGCCUUCUGUGUUCUUUUCGGUCUGAGUCUUUUUGGCCACUUUGUGCAGUUCGUUAGGAAACGUCGAUGGACAUCGCUUGCCUUUGGAGUCGGAGCCUUGACUGAAGUCAUUGGUUGGGCUGGUCGAACGUGGUCGAGCGAAUGUCCCUACAAUGACAACGCGUUCUUGAUGCAGAUUACAACUCUCAUCAUCGCCCCGACCUUCAUCACGGCAGGACUCUACGUUAUACUCGGCGCUCUCAUUAAUCGUCUUGGUCGUGAAUCUUCUGUGCUUGGACCUAGAAUGUACGCCAUUGUGUUUUUGUCAUGCGAUAUCAUCGCUCUCAUUGUACAAGCUGUUGGGGGAGCUAUGGCCUCUACUGAGUCGGACAAGAUUGACGGUGAUACAAGGCCGGGAACAAAUAUCAUGGUCGCUGGUAUCGUCUUCCAGAUGGCAGCCAUGGUGGUUUUUGCUGUCCUGGUUAUCGACUUUCUGAGGAGAGUCUUUGUCAAGAGAUCUUACUUGCAGUCGAGGAAGCAAGGCAUGUCCGAUGGUAAUGCUUUGCCUAAAACUUAUACUUGGCUUUUGGCUGCAGUCUUUAUAUCCUUGACCAUGAUUUUCAUCCGAAGUAUCUACCGAACUGUUGAGCUUCUACAAGGCUGGAGUGGUUACCUGAUUACCCACGAGGGAUACUUUAUUGGUUUAGAUGGUGCCAUUAUGGUUGUGGCUAUAGCGGUUUUCAAUUUCCUCGAUCCGGUCUAUCUGCUUUGGGGGCAGGAUGAUAAACUGGCGUCAUCUCUUGGACAGAAUGAGCUAAGGGGGGCGGGAGAUAUCAGUAUGGAGCGCUGGGAUGAGUCUACUAUAAUGUCUGACUAA